GACUUUUCUGCCGAAAUCACAAAAUGCUACUCGCUAGUUGCUACUACUAUGUCUUCAAGUAGAAGCCCAAUUUAGCACAAGGUUAAUGACAAUUGAUCACAUAAAUGCUUCACUAAUUUUCGCCACUCACAAAGAGUCUCAUCAUAGAAAGUAAUUAUAACUACAGUGCUUUAGGAAUCUAAGACAUGAAAAAACAGGGAGGAGUUUACUCAAUCCGACUCCCAUCACCGCUUCGGCCUCUCCGAAAUAUUGAAAGCAUAUCUUGGUAGUUGUACAGAGUCGUCAUCAACUGAAAGCAUGCAAAAUUCUGGAUUUUAUAGAGAUCUGUCAAGCACAAAGUUUUGGAGGGCACCAAUGAAAAAGGGUCCAAGAACCUCUGCAACCAUCAUGGUCCUCCUCUUUCUUCUCGUAGCAGUGUGGAUUUCUUCUUCAUGGAUUAACUCUUACUUUUCUGUUGUUGUGCAGACAACUUUGGCUGUAAGCAAUGAAAGAAAGCAACAAAUGAUUGUUUCUACGCCGCAGAGGAAUUCUGCAAAGAGGAAGAUUGAAGUGUCACUCAAUUGUUCCUUGGGAAAUUUGACACAAACAUGUCCGUCAAAUUAUCCAACAACGUUUGGUUUCACUGAGUCUGAAACUGACGACGGAUUGUCAAAUGUGACGUGCCCUGAUUAUUUCCGCUGGAUCCAUGAAGAUCUAAAGCCAUUUAGGUCCAGUGGGAUUACCAGGGACAUGGUGGAAAGAGCUAAAGGGACUGCCCAUUUCAGGUUGGUAAUAGUGAAGGGGAAGGUCUAUGUGGAAAAAUACAAGAAAUCAAUACAGACUAGAGAUGUGUUUACGUUGUGGGGGAUUCUGCAGCUUUUGAGACGGUAUCCCGGAAGGUUACCGGACUUGGAGCUCAUGUUUGAUUGUGAUGAUCGGCCGGUUAUCCAAUCGCGCAGCCAUCGUGGACCAAAUGCAAAAGCGCCACCACCAUUAUUUCGGUAUUGUGGGGACCCGUGGACACUGGACAUAGUCUUCCCUGAUUGGUCUUUUUGGGGCUGGGCUGAAAUUAGCAUAAAACCGUGGGAGAAUAUAUUGAAGGAGUUAAAAGAUGGGAACAACAGGAUCAAGUGGAUGAAGAGGGAACCGUAUGCCUACUGGAAGGGAAACCCUUUUGUAGCUGACACCAGAAAAGACCUCCUUAAGUGCAAUGUCUCGGACAAAGAGGACUGGAAUGCUCGCCUCUUCAUCCAAGACUGGAUCCGUGAGUAUGAACAAGGGUAUAAGCAAUCAGACCUUGCAAGUCAAUGCACUUACAGAUACAAGAUAUACAUUGAGGGAUAUGCAUGGUCUGUUAGCGAGAAGUACAUUUUAGCGUGUGACUCCCCUACAUUGCUUGUAAAUACCAAUUUCUAUGAUUUUUUCUUGAGAAGCAUGCAACCUGUACACCAUUACUGGCCUAUAAGAAAUGAUGACAAGUGCAGAUCGCUCAAGUUUGCUGUAGAUUGGGGUAACAGCCAUAAACAAAAGGCACAGGCAAUUGGAAAAGCUGCUAGUGAUUUCAUUCAGGAAGAGCUCAAGAUGGAGUUUGUUUACGAUUACAUGUUUCAUUUAUUGUAUGAAUAUGCAAAGCUUUUGAGGUUUGAGCCAAAAAUCCCAGAAGGAGCAAUGGAAAUAUGUUCAGAAACAAUGGCUUGCCAUUCAAAUGGAACGGAAAAGAAGUUCAUGUUGGAGUCUUUGGUGAAGAGUCCAUCCGAUAAUACUCCAUGCACUCUGCCCCCUCCUUAUGAACCUCGCGUUCUUGGAGCCUUUCUCAGAAGGAAAGCUAAUUCAAUCCGGCAAGUGGAGACCUGGGAAAACAAUUUCUAUGAGAGCCUUGAAAAUGGUAGCAAGAGCAAAACUUCCUAGGCUGACAAGACUUGGGGCUUUUUUUCUUUUUCUUUUUUUUUCUUUUCGAGGCCUCAUAUUGAUUAUUCUUGUGGCCUUGAGAAAACACCGGCAUAAAACUGCAAGUCAAAAUAUACAAUUUCUUUCGAGAUGGUACUAUAUAUACUAACAAAAAAGAGAUCUAUUUUUUUUUU